AUGGCUGCAGCAGUAGUUUCAUCAUUAUCGUCAGAUGCAGGAAAGAAAAUUGUCUGGUUCUGGCAAUCUAACUCAAAUCCAUGGAAUAGAGAAGAAAAAAAGGAGUGGAAACGCUAUUCUGAUUUUGAAAACGACUUUAUUGAAAAUGCUUAUCAACGACAAGACUCGGAAGAAGUUCAACUCAAUGAUUAUGUUGUUAAUUUUAAAUACAAGAUACAAUAUAAUCAACAAGAUAGAAAUAAGCAGAGAUCAAUAAAACGUGAAGAAAUAGAUGUUAAGAAUUAUGUAAGGGAAGAUCGAUUUAAUUAUCCGGAAAGAGCAAUAGAAUCAUUCGUACCUUACGAAAAGUUCGCAUAUGUGACAAGUCUUGCUGGUAUGUGGCAGUUUAUGAAUCGUAGUAUAACUGUACGGAAUCACGAAAACUUUUUACAGAUCGCUGAAUUAGCAGCACAAGGUAGGCUUGACACCUGA